AUGGAGAGCCUGGCGACGGUCGAGCACUACAAUUCAACACAACAAUAUGAGCACACGCGUCCCCAGAGCCGAAGCACGCAGGAGGAUGGCGGCCCUCCAGGAACCUCGCCCGGGGCAAGGAUGGUCGGAGACCCGGCCUACCCGAGCUCCGCGGCGGGCCCUGGAGCGGACCCGAGACGAGGACUCCGCACCAGAACCCGCGGUGAGCUCCGACAGCGACGUGGAGGUGGUCGGCGAUCCCGUCGGAUACCGCGCGGGAAGACGGACGUCGGAGGAGAGGAACUCCCGAGGAGCCACUCGGAGGCGGUCUGUCGGGCCGCCGAGGAGUCUCGGAAGCGGUUCCGAGACCGGGAGCCGUCGGACGAGGAGCAGCAACGGUCGACGGAGGAGGAGGCAAGAAGGCAGGCGUGGCUGCGGCAGGACCACGAGGCGGCGGCGGCGCGGUGGCAUGCCCGCUUGCGAGAGGCGGAGGAAGAAGAGCGACGGCUGUGGGAGGCACAGGUGGAGGACGCGUGGGAGGUGCCACUCACCCCCAGAUACGCGGCCGAGGAACGCAGCCCGAGGGACGAGGACGAGGACGAACCACGCGCGCCAUCCCCUCCGGGGUGGUUACCCGAGGUGCCACCCACUCCCCGCUACGAGGGGGAGUGUCUCACGGACGGCGACGAUGGAGCACCGUUGGCCACGCCGCCGUGGAGGCCGGCCCGGCCACCCACGCCGCGAUACACGGAGCCACGACGACCGGAGGAGCAGACGCCGAGCGAGGAGUCGACCGCGCAGCCGAUGCCGCAACCGGAGGAGGAGGACGUCCACCAAGCAAGGGCGGACGAGCCGUCGGUGGUGCGGACGGAGGUGCCGGCCGCGCACGUGAGCCACAGCACACGGGCGUUCGAGGCCGAGGGCAUGCGGUGGCGGCAGCAGACGGUGACGUGGACGUGGCCCGAGGGGCCCGCGACAGGACCGUCGAAGGAGGUGCCCAGGAUAUGGGAGGAGGGGGCACCAAAGGUGAACCCUCGGGACCCCCGGACGAGGAGCCGACAAGAUGCAUGGGUCCCGCCGACACCAAGCACGGGCCCGCCAACACCGGCGACGACGGCAACGACGGGGAAGGCGGAGUCACCGGAGAAAGGACCAUGGGUGUGGCCCGAGCCACCGGCCACCCAAAGGCCUCCGCUGCAGCGACAAAAUUCGACGCCCGGAUCGACGCGCCCGCGGCCGCAGUUCAUGCGGCAGGUAUCGGCGCCGGAGGAAGGCGGUUGGCGCGAGGUCGCCAGGAGCGAGUGGCCGGUGGGCAUUGAGGAAGCACCCGCGGUCGCGACGGCACGGCGGAAGGGCGGCAGGCGGUGCGUCCUGGUCUGCGAUGGCGGGAGGAGGUACCGGGUGAGGCUCGGAGUCGCGGGCAUCCGGGUUUUCGCACAAUAA